UAACAAAUGCAUCUUCCAUGAAGAGAUGCUUUGAUCCUUUGGAAUCUUCCUCUAUUCUCAGUCUUCACGCAUCGUAUUAUUUGAAAAAUCAAGAAGAGAAAACUAAACAGUUAACCGCAAACGUCGUCGUUCUCGUUUAGCUUUUUUCUUUUUAGUAAGCUCCGCUCCUGCUUUCAGAAACACAACACCAGUCGGAUCUUCCAUUUCUUAAUUUUCAUUAUUUUAAUUAAAUUAAAAAAAUUUAAAAAAAAAUCGUGAUGAGGGCGUUGAAUUCACGGCUAGUUCUGAUCGACAUCAACACCUCAUGGCAAGCAUCGCGACGGUUGAUCUCCGCCACCGCAACCGCCUUCUCAUCCGACUCCUCCUCCUCAUUCCGUCGAACACGUGGCGCUCGUCAGAGGAUCGCAUCGUCUAAAUCUCCUGCUUCACCGUCUCCACUACGGAAACCGUCUGAUGGAUUCACCUUCGACGUUCAGCUACCUUCCGCCGAUUCAGAAAGCUCCUCAUCUCGGAAGACGCCGCCGUCGCCUCCAACGGUGGUGGAGCUCGACGCUUUCCUCGAGAUCCUCCCUCCGGCGACUCGGAAGGAGCUCGUUAAGCACGAGGCGAUCGGGGAAUUGAUCGAAGUAGUGAUGGAUUUAGGGAGAAAGCCACUCGCUCGAUUCCCUUCCGGCGAUUGGGUGAUCUCAGAGAUGCCUGUCACACAGCAAGAUCUGAAGCUUGCCGUAUCAAAGGUUGGUGAUUUCUCGGAUGAUAACCGGUCGGGGAUUAACAGAUCGUUGCAUCGUAUAAGCGCUAUACGUAACCGGAAACUGCAAAUAAUUGGUCUAACAUGUAGAGUUGGUAGAGCUGUGUCUGGAAGUGCAGAGAUCAUAAGAGACUUGAUAGAGGGAGGAGGAUCAAUCUUGGUCAUUGGUUCUCCUGGUGUUGGCAAAACAACUUUAAUCAGAGAAAUCGCUCGUAUGUUAGCUGAUGAGCACAGGAAACGUGUGGUGAUUGUCGACACGUCAAAUGAGAUUGGUGGUGAUGGUGAUGUUCCUCACUCUGGAAUCGGCCGUGCUAGGCGGAUGCAAGUUCCAAAUGUGAAUUUGCAGCACGAUGUUAUGAUUGAGGCGGUUGAGAAUCACAUGCCUGAGACUAUAAUUAUAGAUGAGAUAGGAACAGAGCUUGAGGCAUUAGCUGCUAGCACUAUUGCUCAGAGAGGAGUCCAGCUUGUUGCAACUGCUCAUGGGAUGACUAUUGACAACAUCAUCAAGAAUCCAUCAUUGCAGAUCCUUAUUGGUGGUAUUGAGAGUGUGACUCUUGGUGAUGAAGAAGCAAGGAAACGAAAAGUGCAGAAGACAAUUCUCGAAAGAAAAGGACCACCAACGUUUACUUGUGCUGUAGAGAUGAUUUCGAGAACGGAGUGCCGUGUUCAUCAACGGCUAGAUGUCACUGUUGAUGCUAUACUUGCUGGGAAGUCCGCUCCAUGUGAGAUCCGUCAGAUUCGUGGCGAAGACGAUGUUCCUCAUAAGCUAGUGACUCCCAUUCCUCUGGAGAGCCUUGAAGUGGAGCCUGCACCACUGCUCAACAUAGAUUUUGCAAGUGAAGUGCUCUCUGACGACGAAGAUGAAGACUUCCUUCCCUCUCGGUAUAAGAAGGCUAGCAGAAACAUAUCCGUGAGCCAAAGAAGUUCACCUGUUCAUGUUUAUACUUACAAUGUCGCCGAAGCUGAUCUCCUUCAAGUAGCCGAAGUGAUGGGACUGGAAGACGACAUAGAAGUGACAGAUGACGUUGGAGAAGCAGAUGUCAUUCUAGCCUCAAGUUCUGAACUGAAACAGAAUCCCUCGAUCCGCCGUGUUGCCAAAUUACACAAGCUGCCAAUAUUUGUCAUCAAGUCAACUACAAUGGCUCAGAUGGUCAAGGCAGUUCGAAUGAUCCUUGGGAGAGAAUCGUUUGGCUCAGCCCCUAUAACCAUAGAGAAGAAGUCUUCUGUUGAUGAUAUUGAGAUCAACGAUGAUGCUCCAGAGAGCAAACCCAGUUUAGAAGAACUUGAUGCCCUCGAGGAGGUACGUCUAGCAAUCGAAUACAUAGUCAUCCCAGGAGGUGAACCGGUGGAGCUUCUUCCAAGACGGUCAGACAUAAUAGUCCGGCAGCUAGAGCUGGUAGAGAGUUAUCAACUCGCGGUGGAGAAUCUCGGCACUCACCUUAACCCUCGUCUUCAGAUACUUCCUCGAAGAUCCACCAAAAAAAUGCUGUCUCCAAAGAAAGCAGGAGAUGAUAGCAUGGGAAAUACAGUGACUCGUCUUCCUUUCCUCAAGGAUUGACAUCUCUGACUCAGUACAUGGAUCAUAUAUACAUUGGAGACAUGCUUGAACAUUGUACAUUCACUGUAAAAGUCUUCGUAAAUAAUAUGUUAACAUUGUUGGUCAUUGCUACUCAUUUGCAAUGUAUGUUUUUACUCUUGUAUUUAUAAACCGAAUUGAUUCAUGAAUUACUACAGAAUAGCUUUUUGUUUGUUUUCAAAA